AUGACGUUAUUGUUAGACAAUUUAUUAAAAUUAAAUAGUAUAAGUAUUAUUAUUAGUUCACAUCCAUUUGCAGUAGCACUAAUAAUUGGAGCAAUUAUAACUGGUAUUAAAAUAAGUCCAACAAUAGAAUUUGUAGUUAAGGCAAUAAUCAGUUCAAUUUUAGUGUUAAUUUUUUCAGUAUAUGGUAGUUUUAUUUCAAUAUUUUUUUCAAUUAUUGGUAAAAGAGGCUUGAUCAAUUGGGCAGUGGGGCGUUCAUUUCUAUUUUUUGCUAGCAGAGCUGUGGGUAUAACUGUUAAAGUUGAAGGAGAAGAGUAUCUCGAUGUUAAACCAGCAAUUUUUAUUUGUAAUCAUCAGGCAACUGCUGAUCUCUUGGUUUUGGGAAAAGUUUUUCCAAAAAAUUGUACAGUUAUCGGCAAAUCAUCCUUAAAAUAUGUUCCUUUUCUAAACUUGUACAUGAAACUUGGUCAAGGAAUAUUUCUUGAUCGUAAAAAUCAUCAAAAUGCAACAAGCGUUUUUAUUUUUCCUGAAGGUACACGCGCUCGUUUACAAGAAGCUGAUUUACUACCAUUUAAAAAGGGUGCAUUUCAUAUGGCCGUAAGAGCCAAAAUUCCAAUUGUUCCAAUUGUUGUUGGAAAUUAUAGUCAUCUUUAUGAUUCAAAAAGAAGAUUAUUUAAAAGUGGCGAAUUUCGAGUCAGAGUUUUACCACCAAUUGAUACAUCAAAUAUGAAUGAGGAUGAUAGAGAUGAAAUUAAUAAUCUUACAAAUCUUACGCGUGAAGAGAUGUUAAGAACAUUAAAAGAUAUAUAA